UUUUGUGCAGGUCAGCCAAGGAAGAGUCUUAUCGGGUUACGGACGAACAAACGACUAGAUCAAACCCACUGAACCAACCCCUCAGACCUAAUCCACAUAAUCACAGGCCAAAACACCACAACAAUGGCUCUCCUCGGUCUGUUCAAGUCGGAGGAUGAGAAGCGCGCCGACGAGCUGCGCCAGGGCACCGCCGUCCCCAAGCGCGCCGAGCGCCAGCGCUGCUGGGACUCGCGCGACAAGUACUUUGCCUGCCUCGACAAGGCCGGCAUCAUUGAUGCCCUUAAAGACGAAAAAGCCGCAGCCAAGGCGUGCAAGGCUGAGAGCAAUGAGUUUGAGCAAAACUGCGCGGCGCAAUGGGUUACACAUUUCAAAAAGUACAGACUCGCAAACUACCAAAAAGAGCAGAGGUUAAAGGCCCUCGAGGCGCAGGGGGCCGUCAAGAUGGACUCUCAAGUCAACUUCAAGUAGACAAGGCUGGCGCCAGAACAGAUGACGGAUUGUACUACCAAAAAAAAUUAGGAACAAAGUUGACGGGCACCAAUAUCCGUAAUACACGGGGUAGGUGCAGAAAAGGAUUGAUAGACCCGUAAAAGCUGAACGAGGACGUCCUUGUAAUAUAGAUGUGAUAUCCGCUGACCUGUAAAUAUAAACAAAUGUAAGCCUACCUACUAUCUAGGUACCUAUAUAAAGC